AUGGUCUAUACACCGAAAUUAGUUUCGCAAAACAAGUCUUAUCUUGUAAAUAACGUUAAUUCGUCCUCGUCUUAUCAAAGCAAUGAGGGCUUCAAUAGUAGUAAUCAAUGGCUGCGAAGGCGUUUAGAACAAAGUCAAGAGAUUUCUUUCGCGUCUGAAGAAGAUCAGUCUUCUCCGUUACUAAUGCGUGGAAAAAAUAGAGCACGAUCUACAAGCUUCCAACCUUUUAACAUACUAAGUCCUGUAUAUGAGCAAGUAACGUCGUCUGCGUCAACAUCAACCUCUCCAACAACACCAACAGCACCACAGUUCCAGGGCUUGUUCGGAGAGCAUUCACGAACACCACUUCAAUCAAUACAAUCUCAACCUAGAUCAGAUAUUAAUACAACAACAGGACCUACAAUAAGAACUUUUCAGAACACUUUUCAACAAGAUACAAGUAGGCCUACGUCUGUUGCGCCAAUGUCUCAGAAUGUAAUAUUAAAUCAGUCGCAAUCUCGGGCAUACGUGCCUAUCACUCAAUCGGGUGUUACACCGAUAAAUUCACCAAUGUAUACUAGUCCUGCUGGGGUUUCAGAUUCGACCUUUAAUGUAUUAAACAGUCGGUUCGAAAGACAACAAAUUCCAAUAUAUUCAAGUGGGACAAAUUUAAUUGGACGUGAUAUUUCAAAUGUGAAUGCUCGAAUAGCGGAAUCUCCCCUUAUUCAAUCAACACCUGCACCUAAACCAAGACACCAACAAACACCACCACGUAAAGUGGAGAAGGUGCCAUAUCUUGCGCGUCUCCUAAUGAUCGAACAAGAAUUACCAAAGAAUGAAUAUGAAGUGGAAAAAAGUAAUAGUAUUAAGACAUUGUUUUUUAACUUUUGUUUAGGGAUUUUUAUAAUAUUUCUUACUUCUACUAAACAAUAUCGGCGAUUUGAAAAUUAUUAUACAAGUGUCGUAGGAUAUUUAAUGUUUUGCAUACCUGCAUUCUACAUACUUAAAGUAUUUUACACAAAUGUUCAAUGGGCUAGAAAGAAAAAACAGAUUGAUCAACUCAGAGAAAAAUUAGUUAAGGAAUUGGAACAAAAUAGUUCAUAUGAUACUUCAAGUUUCACGAUCAGUCCAUCAGGAAGAUCCCAAAUUCAAUCAACACCACGACCUUCAAGAAGCACUACUACUCCAUUGACAACUGUGCAAAAUACCGUUGUGUCAUCAAUCCCUUCACAAUCUACAAUACUUCCUUCUAUCCCUUCUACGUCGAUAUCAACAUCAACAUCAACAUCAGUUAUGGGUCCACCUUACACUGGCGGCUCAACAUCUACUUCAACUAUUGUCCCUUCCACAUCUUCAGCAAGUUCAUUCAUUAAUGCUUGGGGUUCUCCUAGUGGAGUGCCUUUUCCACAGCGAAUUCCUCCUACAACAAAGUAUCGGCAAGCACCAUAUGUAACUCCAUCAAGGAUUGAUGAAAAAUUGAUUACUAUUGGUGGUAUUUCAGCCCGGUUACCACCAGAACCAAAACCUUCAGAUCGAGAAACCUGA